AUAAAAGUGUCACUUCGGCACAUGGACGCAUUUUUGGGGCGCGAGUCAGUGCGGACGAAUUUUGCCAAGGUUCUUUUUCUUCCGUGAUUUCUAACCUGGACCAGACUGCGAACGGAAAAAAAUCAAUUUUCCACGUUUGAAAAUGGCAGCUGUCGAAACGAAACCUGUAAAGGAGAAGGAGGACUUUUCCAAGGAUGACGAGAAAGAGGAAAUCAACGACGAAAAUGCGGACGAAAACGCUUCAGACGAGAAGAAGAAAAAGAAGAAACCGAAACGACCGAAGAAGACCGCUGCCGAGAAGGCUGAGGCAGCAGCUUUAAGAGAGGCUGUUGCUGAGAAGGAAGCGGCAGAAAAAGCAGCCCGCGAAGCGGAGAAGGCAGCUGCUAGGGAAGCUGAGAAACUCAAGAAACAACAGCAACAACAACAGCAGCAAAAACCGACCGUAGCGGCUGCUGAGGAAGAUGAAGAUGACGAUGAUGGUGCUCCAGGUGAAGGAGGAUCCGAUGCGGCUAAGAAAAAGAAGAAGAAGCGCAACAAGAAGAAAGGAUCGGGAGGCGCAGCUGCUGGUGGCAAAUUGGUAGCACCAUCGGUUCCCAUUGUGGAACAAUUCAAGGACGGAAAAUAUCCAGAAGGAGAAAUUAUGCAGUACCCAGACGGUACAACGGCAAAGGAUCGCUUUACCAGUGAAGAAAAGCGUGCCCUAGACCGAAUGCAUCUGGACAUCUACAACGAGUUACGUCUUGCUGCAGAAGCCCAUAGGCAGACGAGACAGUACAUGCAGAAGUGGAUUAAGCCUGGUAUGACCAUGAUUGAAAUCUGCGAGGAACUGGAAACUACCGCCAGAAGACUGAUCGGCGAGAAAGGCUUGGAGGCUGGACUGGCUUUCCCAACUGGUUGUUCAAGGAAUCACUGCGCAGCACACUACACGCCAAAUGCUGGUGAUCCUACAGUGCUUCAGUAUGAUGACGUAACGAAAAUUGAUUUUGGAACUCACAUAAAAGGACGCAUAAUCGAUUGUGCUUUUACACUUUCAUUCAAUCCGAAAUACGAUAAACUGUUGGAGGCGGUUAAAGAUGCAACCAACACGGGAAUUCGAGAAGCUGGAAUUGAUGUCAGGUUAUGCGACAUUGGAGCUGCCAUUCAGGAGGUAAUGGAAUCGUAUGAAUUAGAUCUGGACGGCAAAACGUAUCAAGUCAAAAGUAUUCGCAACUUGAACGGCCACUCGAUCAGCCCAUACCGUAUUCACUCCGGAAAAACUGUCCCGAUCGUGAAGGGAGGCGAGACGACCCGUAUGGAAGAGAAUGAAUUCUACGCCAUCGAAACGUUCGGCUCAACUGGCCGCGGCAUGGUCCAUGACGAUAUGGACUGUUCACAUUACAUGAAAAACUUUGAUACGCCAUUCGUCCCAUUGCGUCUUCAGUCGUCCAAACAGUUGCUUGGCCUGAUCAACAAAAACUUUGGCACUCUGGCUUUCUGCAAGCGUUGGCUCGACCGAGCUGGGGCAACGAAGUACCAAAUGGCUCUGAAGGAUCUCUGCGACAAGGGUGUUGUCGAAGCGUAUCCCCCGCUGUGCGACGUGAAAGGAUGCUACACUGCGCAGUAUGAGCACACGAUCAUGCUGCGUCCCACCUGCAAAGAGGUUGUUUCACGUGGCGACGAUUAUUAGGACCUUACUGUUGAAAAUAAGUCUGCCUGAAGUCCAGUGAAUUUGGGAUGGUUUAUCGGGACAUGGACCUCCUGCCUCGAUUUUCUGUAUUGAUACAAGUUAGUGUUCGUUUUUGAUUGUUUCGUUUUCUAGGUUUUGAAAUCGGUUAUCAAUCGGGGGGUUCAAUUAAAAUGAAAGUAAAACUUAUUAUGAAAUAUACAGCUUAUGUACGCAUUGAUACU